AAAAGCUCGCUGAACUAUCACGACACGAAAUGCCAUUAGUGUGCUUCUGCUGACAAACACGUUUUUACAAAAAGAAGAAUGGACGAUUCACAGCCAUCUUCCUCCAGCAGGCCCAGACGUCAGAAGACCGAUAAGGCUGGCAGGCUCUCGGCUUUGGAAAAAUUAAAGGAAUUUCGUAGUGGCAAACGCAGAUAUGAGAUUGAAGAGUUAGAAAAUGUGUAUGAUGAAGUGGAUGAAAAAGAAUACAGUAAUACUGUUCUGAAACGUCAGCGAGAUGAUUGGAUAGUUGAUGAUGGAGGAAGUGGGUAUAUCGAAGAUGGAAGAGAGAUUUUUGAUGACGAUCUGGAUGAAGAAAGUAUUCAAGAAGCGAGGAAACAGAAGCAUAACAUGGCUGGUCCUAGAAAGAAAAGGAAGCAAGAAGACAAGAAAAAAGGGGAUAUUCAAAAUAUGAUUAGAAACAUGCCUUCUAAGAAAGGUACAGAUGUAGUGAUCAAGGAUGAUGAUAUUUUGGGAGAGUUGCUCAGUGAGAUUUCAGCAAGCAAAUCGACAAACAGUCCUAAAUCAGAAGGCAAUAGAAAUAAAUUUUGUCAUACAGUUCACUCAAAUGCUACACAAAAGUAUCAGUCUUCGAACAUACAGAAAGAAGCAGACAAUAAGAAGAUAUCUAAAAAGUCGGGAGAGCAGGAUGUAGGAAACUUAGUAGAAUCCAAUAAUGAUCAAAGUGUAAGUCAAAUAAUCGAGGAUGAUGAUACAGAUCUGUUAUUUGAUCCCCCACAAAAGAGUACAAAUAAGUCUGCAGUGUCAAGUAAAUGGUCAAGCAUAAAAAAAGACUCGAAAUUGGAAGAAAAGAGCACAAAAAAAUCAGUGGAAUCUAAUAAUAUUGCACAAAGUGCAAGUCAGAUAAUUGAGGAUGAUGAAUCCGCUACGAUAAAUCUAAGUGAAUGCGUUGAUGAUCUAUCUACUAUAGAUUUUGACGACGGCAGCAUGGAUGUCGACUUUUCAACACCGGCAAGCAAUGUUAAACCUCAGAAUAACGGAGUGGACACACAGAAUGCUGCAUGUAAAACUUCUGUCAAAGGUAUAAAAAUUGGCAAUGCCGUUGAUUUGACAGAAGUAGCGCCCCAAUUGAUCAAGACGAAGGAUGAGGAAGAGGUGUUCAGGUUCUACUAUCUGGAUGCGUAUGAAAACCCUUACAAGAAUCCCGGAACUGUGUAUCUCUUCGGCAAGACUUAUGUCCCGAGCCAUGAUAUGUACUGUUCAUGUUGCGUUAUGGUGCAUUGCAUACCAAGAAGAAUAUAUCUUUUGCCUAGAAAAUACAAUUCUAAAAAUAACGAAUUAACCACUAUGGAGGACGUGUACAAAGAGUUCGAUGAAUACGCCAACAAGAUGCGCAUAAUGGAAUUCAACUGCAAGGAAGUAAAGAAGCAUUAUUCCUUCGAAAAGGAGGGUACGCCGAAGAUUUCCGACUACCUGGAGAUCAGAUACAACGCGCGUUAUCCAGCGAUCGACGCCAAUUACUCGGGUCCAGCGAUCGAGCGUGUGUUCGGCACGACGGUGAACGCGUUAGAGCAGCUGCUUGUCGAACGAAAAAUCAAGGGGCCUUCCUGGUUGGACAUAAAAAAUAUAUCGCCCACCGCGGGGCGAUUCGCCUGGUGUUCGCAGAUAGUGGUUACUUCGGACAUGAGCAACAUAUCGCUAUGUACCCAAGAGAGCUCCAAGCCUCCAAUGGUGAUAGCGACUUUGAACGUGAGGAUGUCUUUAAACACGAAACUGCAGAACGAAGUGGUGAUGGUCGCUGUGCUAAUUCAUCACAAGUACAGUGUCGACAGAGAGCCACCGAAACCACCUUACGAUCGUCAAUUUUGCUUUGUCACACGCCCGCGAGAGAUUCCAUGGCCGCGGCAAGUGCGGGAUACCUUUUUGAAGGUCCCGAAUACCGAAGUAAUCAAGUGCGAAAACGAAAACGAAUUGCUCGAAGAGCUGUUGACUCUCAUGCAGAAAGCAGAUCCGGAUUUGAUAAUAGGCUACGACUGCGCAUUCCAGUUUGACGUCUUGAUGCAGAGAAUGUUUGCGCUGAAAGUGUCUAACUGGAACAGAAUGGGAAGAUUAAAGUCAACUACACCUCCUCUGCUCAGGGGAAAAAUAAUGCUCACUCAAGCGUUUGUGGGCCGUCCGAUUUGCGACAUACAAGUCUCGGCGAAGGAAUUGAACUUGAAAGUCAGGAGUUACGAUCUGCAGUCCCUUUGCGGCGCAGUACUAAAGACGAAGGAACACGAAUGUAAGGAAAUCACGCCGGCGGAGACUCCGUCGUUCUACAAGACGGCGGAUAAAAUAAUAAGUCUAAUGCAUGCAACGUUGAAGGAAGCGAAAUACAUUAUAACUAUAGUGAUGGAUCUCAAUGUUAUACCGCUCGCGCUACAAAUCACCUGUUUAGCCGGCAAUAUUUUAUCGAGGACGCUGUUGGGCGGAAGAGCGGAGAGAAACGAGUAUUUGUUGCUGCAUGCUUUCCAUCUGAAAGAUUACAUAACGCCGGACAAAAAGAUUGACAAGAGAGGGAAAGAUGAGGAUGGUCCGCGCAGGAAAGCCGCGGCGUAUACCGGAGGUCUCGUGCUCGACCCGAAGAAAGGUUUUUACGACAAGCUUGUGCUGCUGAUGGACUUCAAUUCUUUGUAUCCGAGCAUUAUACAAGAGUACAAUUUGUGUUUCACAACCGUGCCCGGUGCAGCGUACGCCGACGUCGAGCAAUUAAAUAUCCCCGAGUCGGAUCUGGAGGCCGGCGUGAUCCCGACUGAGAUUCACAAGUUGGUCAAGAGCAGGCAGCAAAUCAAGCAGCUCAUGAAGGCGCCGAAUCUAUCGCCGGAGCAGAAAAUGGAUUACCACAUCAGACAAAUGGCUCUGAAGCUGACGGCCAAUUCCAUGUACGGAUGCUUGGGAGCGACGCAUUGUCGGUUUUAUGCUAGAGGCCUCGCCGCUCUGGUGACGGCCAAAGGUCGGGAGAUUUUGGAGGACACGAAACACUUGGUGGAGAAACUGCAGUACGAAGUAAUUUACGGCGACACCGAUUCCUUGAUGAUAAAUACCAACAUUUUGGAGUACGACGACGUGUUCUCGAUCGGUAGAAAGAUUAUGAAGGAAGUUAAUAAUCGAUAUAAAAAAGUCGAACUGGACAUCGAUGGAGUAUUCCGGUAUCUGUUGCUCUUGCAAAAGAAGAAAUACGCCGCUGUUACAGUGACGAAGUUGCCAAGCGGUCAGUUGCAGUUGACGCAGGAGCACAAGGGUCUGGACAUCGUAAGGAGAGAUUGGUGUCCGUUGGCCUGCGACACCGGAAAAAAAGUUCUGGAUAUACUUCUCUGCGAUCAGUCGAGCGAGACGCGUCUGGAGCAGGUCGUGCAAAUCCUGCAAAACAUCGCGAAAAGCGUGAAGGAGGGAACGGCGCCGCUGUCAUCGUUCGUCAUCACCAAACAGUUGUCGAAGAAUCCGGACGCGUAUCCAGAUAAGAAACAGUUAUCUCACGUGAUGGUAGCACUGAGACUGAACAAAGCCGGCGGUCGGAUGUGGAAAGCCGGCGAUACACUGCCAUAUGUCAUAUGCGAGGACGGAACCGAGGCGAGCGCAACCGAACGAGCGUAUCACAUCGAUGAGGUGAAAAAUAAUGAGAAAUUGAAGGUGGACGUUAAUUACUAUCUGUUGAGUCAAAUAUUCCCCGUGAUUUUACGCAUCUGCGAACCGAUCGAGGGCAUCGACGAUGUCUUCUUAGCCAAUAAUUUAGGUUUACAAUAUGUUUACAAGCCUAAGGCCUUAGCUUGCGAGGCGACCCUGAAUCUACCGCUGGCUAUCAAUGACGACAGAUUCAACAAUUGUCUUCCUUUGACAUUUAAAUGUAAAAAUGAACGGUGCGACGCAGAAAUAGUGAUUAAGGAUGCCGUAACGGAGUUUCAUUCCGGUCGGCAAUUAUCGCUCAGUAUGUGCCCCAAUCAAGACUGCAAAUUACCGCCUUGGAAAUACGCAAAUAUGAUACAGAAUGUAGUUCAGCUCGCCAUGAGGAGAGCGAUUAGCAAGUACUACAGUGGCUGGUUGGAAUGCGAGAAUCCACUGUGUUCCAACAGAACAAGAAGGUUGCCGUUAGAUUUCGCGAAGAAGUUUCCAGAUUGUCCGGCGUGCAAAGACGUUUCCAUGAGCAAAGUUUAUUCCGGGACCGACCUCUACAAUCAAUUGUUCUACUAUCACAAAAUGUUUGACAUCAAUCAACCGGCUUACAAACAUCACUUGUCACAGUGCCCGCGGGACAUGAUAGCCGCGUACAACUCGCUGAAAGAGGCGAUCGACAGACAAUUGAAGCGGAACAAGUUUUCAUGCGUGAAUAUCACGGGAAUAUUUGGCAGCGCCGGUGCCAAUCCCGGAAUAUUUGGCAGCGCCGGCUCGCGAGAGGACUUCGACGAUCUGGGCGAUUUCUCCGACGACACUGACAAAGAGAUUUAAGAAGAAACACGGGU